AAUCCCUGCGCUCCCAGAGGGCCAACGGCCAGUGGGCAGGGUCACAGGGCAAGGUCCCGCGGGCCGCUGGGAGCUGCGACUUCCGUGCUCCCGGCGAGCCGGCGGAGAGCGGGGGCCGCGCUGGGGAGUGUGGGCUGGGCCACAGAUGUCAUGUGGCCUGUGUUUUGGACCGCGGUUCGUACCUAUGCUCCCUAUGUUACAUUCCCUGUCGCCUUCGUGGUUGGGGCUGUGGGCUACCACCUGGAAUGGUUCAUCAGGGGAAAGGACCCCCAGCCUGCGGAGGAGGAAAAGAGCAUCUCAGAGCGCCGGGAGGAUCGCAAGCUGGAUGAGCUUCUAGGCAAGGACCACACCCAGGUGGUGAGCCUUAAGGACAAGCUAGAAUUUGCCCCAAAAGCUGUGCUGAACAGAAACCGCCCAGAGAAGAAUUAAUGGAGGACACAGGGCCCUGUGGUCCUACUGUGGCCUGUGACUGGUCCUGCUAUCAUGUCCACCCAGCCCCAGAACCCACAUCUGAUUGGCUUUGUUGCAUAUUCUGGCCCCUCCCAUACCGCACAGCCAUACAAGUACUGGCUGCUCCUUGAUGGCCAGGCAGACCCAGCAGCUGCCGAAGGGACAUUGAAGAGGAAGGCCGCAUCUGUUGUGUGGUGGCCACAAGCACUCGGGCGUCUGAGUUUACUGGUGCACUGCUGGGAGGAGCGUUAUGAGAUGAACGUUGGCUAUCAGUCUCCAUGGGCAGGCGGCUUGGCCUCGAGUGGGAAUGGCUGGGAUUUGGGUGUUGCCUUUAGGAGGGAUACCUGCAUGUCUAGUUCCAGUCUGCACUGGGAAGAAUUCAAAUAUGCACCUGGCUCCCUUCACUAUUUUGCCCUAUCCUUUGUGCUCAUUCUUACUGAAAUCUGUCUUGUCAGCUCAGGAAUAGGAAUCCCCAGGGAAGGAAAGCAUUUUUCUGUUCUGGGAAGCCCAGACUUUGGGGCAGGGCCAAACAUGUGCCUGGUGAAUUUGCUUGAAAACCAUCACUGUCUUCUACCCUCAUCACUGUAUAGUGCAAAACUUGAUUAAAGUGGUAUCUGAGAACCAUAA